AUGGUGCUCACACUGAGAGAGCUCGCGCAAAUCGUUCCGUUUGUGAAGUCAGCUCGUCAAAAGAAGAACUUCCUGCUCCUGUGUGCUCUCAGCUACGUCGAUCGGCCGUUGUACCCAGACGUUCGGUACAAUCUCAGCGCCGUGUCCGAUGCAAACGCUCUGCUGGAAUACAGAUUCGACGUCGCAGGAAUCAGGAGGCUAGCGUACCUUCUCGGCCUCCCCGCUGUUGUGAUAACAAAGCGGCGUUACCGGGUCACUCGCGACGAGGCGAUGUGUGUAUUGCUCGGUCGGCUUGCCUUUCCCGUUCGGUUCCACACGAUGACCAAAACGUUUGGCCGCUCCAGGGCGGCACUCUGCGAAAUCUUUGCGCACGUAGUUGGAGAGAUAUACGACCGGUGGAAAUCCCUGAUGUAUUUCAACGAUCGUCUCGUACGCGAAAACAUGGACACGUACUGCCAAGCGGUUCAUGCUAAGGGCGCCCCCUUAUCCAAUGUCUACGGAUUUAUCGAUGGAACCAAGUUGCAGACGUGCCUGGACACAAACGUGUACACUGCCUCAACUACCAAGCGAUCGCGGCCCCCGAUGGAAUUUGCAUCCACUUCUUUGGACCCGUGGAAGGGCGCCGACACGACACCACCAUGCUGCGCCUGA